UGUUCUAGUGUCCCUCUUUUCUUCUUCCUCUCUCUCGUGACCCAGAUACCCAUUAUUCAUUCUCUCUCUCUCUAAAACUUCCUUGCAAAAAGCGCGAAGCAACUAGAGAGAGAAACAGAGAGAGAGAGAGAGAGAGAGAGGAAGAAGUGGUAAAAUUGAUAAGUGAAAUUGGUGGGAAAAUGAACGGAGGAGAUAUGAAUCAGCAACAGCAACAGCAGCAGCAACAACAGCAGCAACAACAACAACAGCAGUGGAUGGCGAUGCAGCAGUAUCAGCAGCAAUGGAUGGCGAUGCAGUAUCCAGCAGCAGCAAUGGCGAUGCAGCAACAGAUGAUGUAUGGUCAGCAAUACAUGCCUUACUAUCAGCAACAUCAACAGCAGCAGAAGAUGCAGCAGUCUCCUGCUCAGAUUCAGAGCUCAUCUGAAGAUAAUAAAACGAUCUGGAUUGGCGAUCUUCAGCAGUGGAUGGAUGAAAGUUAUCUUCAUUCUUGCUUUUCUCAGGCUGGCGAGGUUAUUUCUGUGAAAAUUAUUCGAAACAAGCAGACUGGUCAAUCAGAGCGUUAUGGAUUUGUUGAGUUCAAUACUCACGCAGCAGCGGAGAAAGUGCUACAGAGCUACAAUGGCACUAUGAUGCCUAACGCAGAGCAACCCUUCCGUUUAAACUGGGCAGGCUUUAGCACUGGUGAAAAGCGUGCAGAAACUGGUUCUGAUUUCUCGAUUUUUGUAGGAGAUUUGGCUUCUGAUGUUACUGACACAAUGUUGCGUGACACAUUCGCUAGUAGAUUUCCAUCUCUUAAAGGUGCAAAAGUAGUAGUAGAUGCAAACACAGGCCACUCAAAAGGCUAUGGCUUUGUAAGGUUUGGUGAUGAAAGCGAGAGGUCUCGGGCCAUGACUGAAAUGAAUGGUGUAUAUUGUUCCAGCAGGGCCAUGCGUAUUGGUGUUGCUACCCCAAAGAAACCAUCAGCGCAGCAACAAUAUUCUUCCCAAGCUGUGAUAUUAUCUGGUGGAUAUGCAUCAAAUGGUGCUGCAACCCAUGGAUCCCAGUCCGAUGGUGAUUCAUCAAACACUACAAUUUUUGUUGGAGGACUUGAUUCUGAAGUCACUGAUGAGGAACUUAGGCAAUCCUUUAAUCAGUUUGGAGAAGUGGUCUCUGUGAAAAUACCCGCUGGAAAAGGAUGUGGUUUUGUACAAUUUUCUGACAGGAGCUCUGCACAGGAAGCGAUACAGAAAUUAAGUGGAGCAAUAAUUGGCAAGCAGGCAGUUCGUCUUUCCUGGGGGCGAAGUCCAGCAAACAAGCAGACGAGAACUGAUUCUGGUAGUCAAUGGAAUGGGGGUUAUAAUGGAAGGCAAAAUUAUGGAGGAUAUGGAUAUGGUGCAUCGCAAAAUCAGGAUUCUGGCAUGUAUGCUACUGGAGCAGCUUACGGAGCAUCCUCUAAUGGAUACGGGAAUCACCAGCAGCCUGUUAGCUGAUCUCUAGUGGACUCUGCUGCUAAAUGAGAGAUUGCCAUAGCUCUGCUCUCUCUUCUUCUACUUUGGGGGAUCAAAUUUAUAUUUGACUUAUAAGCUUAAAGCAUAUAGUGUUUGAUGAGAAUUUUGUAGCUGGAUUUUAUUUUAUGCUUAGUGAGUCCAAGAUAUGUUAAACCUAAACUUAGAAUGAUUGGUGAAUUUCGAUUUUUCUACUGCUUUUUUCCAUC